AAGUUUACAGAAGUAAAGAAGGCAGGCAUAGAAGUGAUAACCAGAGUUGGCGCUAAAAUUUAACAUCUGCGCAGUUGACGACAUUUGACAUCCUUGCCGAGCGCAGAUGAGAUGAGGCGAGCGGUUGAGCGGCGGAUCCUCAGCCUCCUACACGGCCAAAACACCCGAACCCAUCUUACCCAAAUCCACGCCCACAUCUUACGCCACCUCUUGCACAAUUCCAAUCAAGUCCUCUCCCACUUUGUCUCCGUUUGCGGGUCGCACAACAAGAUGGACUACGCAAAUAUCAUCUUCCAACGCUUCCCAUACCCCAACAUUUUUCUCUUCAAUUCCAUGAUAAAGGGCUUCUCUCUUUGUGGCCCCUUUCUUAACUCCAUUGCGCUCUUUUCCGGUAUGAAGAAUCGUGGAAUUUGGGCGGAUGAGUACACGCUUGCGCCUUUGCUCAAGGCGUGUUCGAAUCUCCCAGAUAUCCGAUUGGGCCAAGCAGUUCACAAAGAAGCCAUUGUGCUUGGUUUUCAUAGGUUCACGUCCAUAGGUAUUGGGAUUGUGGAGCUGUACUCGAGCUGUGACCGAAUGGUGGAUGCAAAGAGGGUGUUCGAUGAAAUGUCUCCAAGAGAUGUGAUUGUUUGGAAUUUGAUGGUUCAAGGGUAUUGUAGAAGUGGGAAUGUGGAGAUGGGCUUGAGGGUGUUUAGGCAAAUGGAUGAGAGGAGCGUUGUUUCUUGGAAUCUGAUGAUUUCGUGCUUAGCUCGAGGUGGGAGGGAUAAGGAGGCUUUGGAGCUCUUCAGUGAGAUGAAUGACAAUGGAUUUGAGGCUGAUGAAGCUACUGUGGUCACAGUUUUGCCAAUCUGUGCUCGUUUGGGAGAAAUUGAAGUGGGGAGUUGGAUUCAUUCUUAUGUUGACUCUAAAGGUCUUAUAGGUGACUAUGUAUCUGUAGGCAAUGCAUUGGUUGACUUUUACUGCAAAUGUGGGGAUUUGGAGCCUGCCUCUCUAAUAUUCAAGGACAUGGCUGGAAAGAAUGUUGUUUCUUGGAAUGCAAUGAUCUCCGGUUUGGCUUUCAAUGGGAAGGCUGAACUUGGGGUUCAGUUGUUCGACAAUAUGAUAAGUGAAGGCACGAGGCCUAACGAAUCAACUUUUGUGGGGGUUUUAGCAUGUUGCACUCAUGCAGGUUUGGUGCAAAGAGGCCGAGAUUUGUUUGCUUCAAUGAUCACAAAUUAUGAUAUUGAGCCAACACUCGAGCAUUAUGGAUGCAUGGUUGAUCUCUUGGGCCGUAAUGGACAUGUGAAAGAGGCAUAUGAUUUGAUAAAAUCCAUGCCAAUGAAACCAAAUGCUGCUGCAUUGUGGGGCUCUUUGCUCAGUGCCCUCCGCACUCAUGGUGAUAUGGAACUAGCAGAAUGCACCGCUAAGGAACUUAUUAGUCUUGAACCUUGGAAUUCAGGUAAUUAUGUACUGCUGUCCAAUAUUUAUGCAGAGCAAGGAAAAUGGGAUGAAGUUGAGCAGGUGAGAGAGUUGAUGAGAGAAAGGAACAUUAUUAAAGAAGCAGGACAAAGUAUGGUCGGGUAGAUAUUAUAUUAUAUCUUACAUUAGUUGAGGAGGUGCCUGUAUUGCUCCCUUACAGUUACAUGUGGUAAUGAAUCUCCUGCACAAACAGAUAAAGCAUUAGCAGUCCCUGUAAGCAAUAAGCCUUAAGAAUGUAGCGGUCAUUAGGUUC